GUUACCAACCAACACUACUCACUGGGCACAUGAGAAAACAAAGAAAAACUCGUUUAUUACAAAGCUAAUGGCUGACAAAGUACCGUUAUUACACGGACAGUAACCUUGGGGUUAUCCUCAUCUGUGUUCCCUCUGCAGCGGUGAUCAAACGCUACACAGGUUUUAAUGAUAUUAUUGGAGAAGCACUGGCCCGCUGCAAAAUAUGGGAUAGGGUUAAGUGAAGAGCAUCAUCUGCAGCCACACAAUGGAUGACGAGGAGAGUCAGACAUGCCAAGGAGAGAAGCAAGCCUCGGCUGUGGACGACACCCUGGAUGAAUAUUUAAUCUCCCUCCAGCAGAAAAACAGGAUCCUUAAGCGCCUUAAAGUCAAAGACCCCAGGCAGAUUGAGUUGGAACAGCUCGAGCAAGGUUUUUCUAUUUAUCUUAACGGAGCCAAUGCUGAAGCCAAGACGAAGCAGACAAAGAGCUCCAACCACAAGUCUGUCACCUCCACACCCGCCUGGAGGCCUGCACGGGCAGCAGAUGUCUGUCGGAGCGCCCACCAGUUAACCGAAGAUAGCCGCGAUCUGGACGAGAGCAGCAGGAAGAGGAGUCACACUGCUCCGGGAAAGGUCCAGAGGAAAGAAUGGGCGCAGGAUUCUGUCAGGAUUCGAACAGAGGAAGGACCGAGUGUGCAGAUCUGCCCAGAAAAGCGCUACUCUGAAGAUUUCGAGCCCUAUGAAAGCAUAGACAUGGAGAGCUCCAGCCUGCGCUCCCCGAGGGACCCCUGCAAGGUGUCGCGCUCCUUCAGCUCCAGGCACGAGAGCCAAGGAGGGCAAGCCAAUCAGGAACACAAUGAGAAAGUACUUCUCAACCUUGACGAAGUGAAGGUGCUGCGCCGGAGCCUGGAGGUUAGCAUGAGGCGGAGCAGCCGCGGCUCAGCGGGGGAGGAGUCAGACGAGGAGUGGGUGGAGGAGCAGAUCGAGAGGGACGAGAGCACCGAGAGUCUGGAUGAACUGGGGCUGCCUCUCCCCUCCUCAAAGUGCUCUUCCGACCCUCGCUCCAGCAGCUCCCACAGAGACUUUGACUCAGCGAACCUCAUCGUCCUCGACUUCGGACCCUCAGCUCAAGGUCGUAAGAUUGAACGCUCUCUGUCCGCAAAGAGAAGAGAAAACACUGACGCCUUUGUACCCACCAAGCCUAUGUUGGUGAAGAGCAAAACAUUAGAUAGGCCGCCUUCCAAAGACAGCUGGGAUUGUCAGAGGCCAAGGAGUCGGGUGGAGAGGCCCCUGUCAGCCGCCAGAAAGGCUUCUGUGGAGGAGAGGGACCCGGAGGAGAUGGCAUGCAGGGUGCGCCAGGCCAUCCGGAGAGAAAACGACCCCCUGCAGAGUCUGGAGCUCUUCAGCCGCAACACGGUCUGCCCCGCCCCACACUGCGCAUCCCACCUGUACUCUGUUCAAAACUCUUUUUUAUUUCUUUGGCUGUAUGAUAUAGGAUGUACAGGAGUCCUUGUGAAUGUUCUGUGCUUUUCAUCCCAGACAAGGCUGUCCUCGACGGAGGUCACCCCUGCAUUGUAUGUUACCAUGGAGAUCCUGUCAAACUGGGGGAGCGCGCUGCAGGUCGGGCUGACUGAGCUGCAGUUCUUCUGCCUCAGAAACAAGAAGCUCUAUGUGUCUCCUCACGACCUCGACAUCAGGAACGCUGACCACCCCGGGAAUCUGGGGGCGCUCGUUAACGGAAAGGUUAAGACCACCAAAGAGCGUCACAUGUGGAUGUGUCCGUUCCACCCCCCCAUCCAGCUCUACUUCGUCAUCAGGAACACGGAGCGCUCCACAGACUUUGGAAUAUCUCGCAUCAAAAUCUGGAACUACAACAAAAGCCUCAAUGAUCUUGACAUUGGUGCCCGCCAUAUAAAGCUGUACCUCAACAGCACGUUGGUGUUUGAAGGAGAGCUGGAGAAGGGCUGCGCUAACCAGGUAUUUGACUACAGCACCACCGUUGACCUCCAGGACUUCCAGGUUUCGGACUCCGUGUUCUCCAGCCCUGUGUCUUCAGGACACAACCUGCGGGGUGCUAGCCCCCAGCGCCAUGAAGACAGGAAGGGUGGGGAUGGCAGCAGCUCCCAAAACCACCACAGUUGGAAUCCACAGCCAUCAGACGCAGGUAUCCACGCUAUGUUAGACAUGCAGGAGAAACCACACCCUCUGUUGCCCCCCAUCGCUCCACCUGUCGGGGUUUCACCCUCCGCUCAUCGCUCCUCCACACAAAGAAACUCUUUUGAUCUGUCUGCCCCAGAGGAGCCGCCUGCACCCAUGGAGCAGACGGUCACAACCCAGCCGUCCUCCUCCAGGGUGGCCCCCCAGUGGCUGCAGCCGCUGAACAGAGGAGCUCCAGAAGGCUGCGAGGCCAGCAGAGAAAGGCCCCGAUGGCUGGUGCCGCAAAACUCCGUGGAGCCCAAAUCUCCGACAGCCUCGUCCUCCUCACUGCUCCCGGAGCUGCCGUGCAACCCGGGGCGAGUGUGCAGGGGGUCGGAGAGGACGGUGAACGGGGCUCAGUGGAAAGGAGACGCUUUGGAUCUGAGCUGCGACCUGCUGGAGGAGCUGGCUGAGCAAACGGCAGACAAACCUGUCAGCGGACGCAGGAGCUCUUUCAGAAACACUGCAGCCACUGGCAGGCCGACGGAGGAGCAGCAGCUCAGAGCUACAGCACUGUCAAACACUGAGGAGCCGAUGCCAUUGAGCUCUCGCAGGAGGCCGUGCUCCUCUCCGCUGCACAGCCAGCAGGACGACACCCUCAGGGAGUCCUGGGACUCUCUCACCAAGUUCAACCAAUGCCAACGCGGACGCAUCUCCAACAUGGGCUUCGAGGGCGACAUCUUCGACGAGUUCCUCCAGCGCCAGGGACGCGGUCCCCCCACACUCCCAGGAAGCCCCUCCCCAGCCCCCAGGAGCCCUCGGUCCCCCUUCACCCUUCAGGGGGCAAUGUGUGAGGGCCCUGAUGAUGAUCUGAACAUGGAGAGGGAGGAGGAGUUUGAGAUCCCGGUGCUGCCACAGGGCUCCAGGCUGAUCAUCAACAUCCUCUCCACCUGGGGGGAUCGCCACUACGUGGGCCUCAACAGCCUGGAGGUGUUCAGUUCCAGCGGGGAACCUCUACGCCCGGCUCACAUCCGCGCUGACCCCCCAGACAUCAACAUCCUGCCCGCAUACAGCAAAGACCCACGCGUGGUCACUAACCUGAUCGACGGAGUAAAUCGCACACAGGAUGACAUGCAUCUCUGGCUGGCGCCCUUCACCCCCGGUCGAAGCCACACCAUCAUCCUGGACUUCGGAGCGCCGCACCAGGUGGCCAUGAUCCGAGUGUGGAACUACAACAAGUCACGCAUUCACUCCUUCAGAGGGGUGAAGGAGGUGGAAAUGCUGCUGGAUGGAAGGUGCAUCUUCAGGGGAGAGAUCGCAAAGGCCUCUGGGACGCUGUCUGGAGAGUUGGACCAGUUUGGUGACACCAUCCUCUUCACCACUGACGAUGAGAUCCUGGAGGCGAUGUCUCGUUAUGAUGAAACCUUCCUGAGUGAGGGCGAGGGUCCUGAGAGCCUGGUGUCUGAGGAGGAGCUGCAGAGACCCCGCACCGCUGACGGAGAGGGAGAGGAAAGACCCUUCACACAGGCCGGCUUCAGAGAGGAAGACCUCAAAUUGAAGCUCCACCUCAACCCCACUGUGAGCCAGUCUGAGGAGAACAUGGAUCAUAUUUUUGGGAUGUACACGGGAAAGUGCCUUAGACUGGAGCUGGUGAUGACCUGGGGGGACUCGCACUACAUGGGGCUGACAGGCCUAGAGGUGGUGGGGCAGGAUGGAGAGGGUCUACCUCUAGACCUCAGUAUGAUGGCCGCCUCACCCCGGGACCUCAACGACCUGCCGGAUUACGAGAAUGACCUGCGCACGCUUGAUAAGCUUAUAAAUGGCCACAACAUUACGACUGAUGACCAGCACAUGUGGCUGAUCCCUUUCUCCUAUGGAGAGCCGCACACCCUGAACAUAACGUUCAACAAGACCCAGACCAUCGCUGGACUCCGAAUCUGGAACUACAACAAGUCCCCUGAGGACUCCUACAGAGGGUUGAAGAUGAUCCAUGUGUUUAUGGAUGAAGUUGCCAUCUCUCCAUCGGAGGGCUUCCUGAUCAGGAAAGGUCCUGGAAACUGUCACUUUGACUUCGCCCAGGAGCUGCUCUUCGUAGAUUUCCUCCAGACGCCCACCGACAACAAGAGUGCAGAGGACUACCACAGAGGAAGCUCUAAGAAACAGGAACUGGCCAGCAUGGACUAUGAAGCUCCCAUCAUGCCUUGUGGAUUCAUCUUUCAGCUGCAGCUGCUGACCACCUGGGGAGACCCGUACUACAUCGGCCUCAACGGCCUCGAAUUUUAUGACCAGAACCACGAGAAGAUCCGUCUCAGUGACAACAACAUCGCUGCUUUUCCAGACAGUGUGAAUGUGCUGGACAAUGUGAGCGGUGAUGUGAGGACUCCAGAUAGAUUAAUAGACGGAGUCAACAGUACCCACGAUGGAAGAUACAUGUGGUUAGCCCCGGUGCUGCCUGGACUGGUGAACCGCGUGUACGUCAUCUUCGAUCAGCCGGUGACGGUGUCCAUGAUCAAACUGUGGAACUACUCAAAGACGCCACAAAGGGGAGUGAAGGAGUUUGGGCUGCUGGUGGACGACCUCCUGGUGUAUAACGGCAUCUUGGACUGUGUUAGCCACGUGGCUCGAGGCAUUCUGCCCACCUGUGACCCCGUGGUGCCGUACCACACCAUCCUCUUCACCGACAACGCCUACAUCGCACACCGCGAGAGGAACACUGUCAUCAGUAAUUACGUGGAGGACCAGGAUGUGAAGAUGACCAAUGAGAAUCAGAUAGUCCAUCACAACAAGAAGAAGCAGACAGCAGAUCCAGCUCUACGGCCUAAAACCUGCAUGACUGACGGUGGGAAACACGGAAAGAGGAGGUACUGACAGAC